UAAGGAAAAAUUUGGAGAAAUGUUGCACUUGUCUUCGUCGUCUCUCUAUCUCCGACCGCUUCACCUCCUCUCCAUUUCUUCCAUCCGUACUGCGAAAUUCCCGUUUUGUCCCUCUCUCCGACGUGAAUUUCGAUUUAGCCCUUCCUUUCGGUCUUCUUCCUCCUCCGUCGGGUGCUCGGGAGGUUCUCCUCCGAUGGAGGCUGUGUCGUCGGUUUCAUCGUCUUCGUCUCCGGCCGAUUCCCUGGCGAGAGAUCUGCAGAAUCAGAGCUUGGGAUCCGUCGAUGAUGAUAGAAGUAAGGGUGGCGAUGUCGCGAGGCAGGUCAAACUGAAGCUCGAGGAUCUGAACUGGGACCACUCGUUCGUCAGGGAAUUGCCUGGUGAUCCGAGAAGUGACGUCAUCUCUCGUGAUGUGUUGCAUGCUUGCUACACAAAAGUUUCCCCAUCAGUUGCAGUAGAUAAUCCUCAGCUUGUAGCAUGGUCUGGAUCUGUUGCGGAGUUGUUUGAUUUGGACCCUAAAGAAUUCGAAAGACCAGAUGUUCCUCAUAUGUUUUCUGGUGCCAAACUAUUGCCUGGAGCGGUGCCUUAUGCGCAAUGCUAUGGAGGACACCAAUUUGGCAUGUGGGCUGGACAACUUGGUGAUGGUCGAGCCAUAACUCUUGGAGAAGUUUUGAACUCCAAGGGUGAAAGGUGGGAGCUGCAGCUUAAAGGUGCUGGCAGGACACCAUAUAGCCGGUUUGCUGAUGGCCUUGCAGUGCUCCGUAGUAGCAUCAGGGAAUUCCUUUGCAGUGAAGCAAUGCAUUGUCUGGGAAUCCCUACCACACGUGCCCUUUGUCUUGCGACAACAGGACAAGAGGUCACUCGAGACAUGUUUUAUGAUGGCAAUCCAAAAGAGGAACCAGGGGCAAUUGUUUGCAGAGUUUCUCAGUCUUUUCUUCGUUUUGGCUCCUACCAAAUACAUGCUUCUAGAGGGAAAGAGGAUAUUGAAAUUGUUCGGAAGUUGGCAGACUAUGCCAUUAGACAUCAUUUUCCGCAUAUUGAAAACAUGAAUAGAAGUGAGAGCUUAUCCUUCCAGACAGGUGAUAAAGAUGAUUCUGUCGUGGACUUGACAUCGAACAAGUAUGCAGCAUGGAUUGUCGAGGUUGCUGAACGUACCGCUUCCUUAGUUGCAAGAUGGCAAGGCAUUGGUUUCACUCACGGUGUGCUCAACACUGACAAUAUGAGCGUUUUGGGUCUGACCAUAGAUUAUGGCCCAUUUGGAUUCCUAGAUGCUUUUGAUCCGAGUUACACCCCGAAUACAACCGACCUCCCUGGUCGGAGAUACUGUUUUGCAAAUCAGCCGGACAUUGGCUUGUGGAAUAUUGCACAGUUUGCUAAAACUCUAGCGGUAGCUCAACUGAUAAAUGAGAAGGAGGCAAAUUACGCAAUGGAGAGGUACGGGGACAAAUUCAUGGAUGAAUAUCAAGCCAUAAUGACAAAGAAGCUUGGUCUUGCCAAGUAUAACAAGGAACUCAUCGGUAGUCUUCUUAACAAUAUGGCGGUUGAUAAGGUUGAUUAUACAAAUUUCUUCCGGCUUCUUUCGAAUUUAAAAGCCAACCCGAACACUCCCGGGGAUGAGCUGUUGAAACCCUUGAAAGCUGCGCUCUUGGAUAUUGGAAAGGAGCGGAAAGAGGCAUGGAGCAAAUGGGUGCAAAGCUACAUACAGGAGCUUGCUGGUAGUGAGAUCUCAGAUGAAGAAAGAAAAGCAAGAAUGGAUUCAGUUAAUCCAAGGUAUAUCCUCAGGAACUAUUUGUGCCAAAGCGCCAUAGACGCGGCCGAACAAGGAGACUUCUCUGAGGUACAGAACUUGCUCAAACUAAUGCAACGACCAUACGAUGAGCAGCCCGGGAUGGAGAAAUAUGCACGUUUGCCCCCCGCGUGGGCGUACAGACCGGGUGUGUGCAUGCUCUCUUGCUCCUCCUAAAUCUCGAAUUCUCGAUUUGCCGCAUAGAAAGAAAAAAGAGAAGAAAGAAAGAAAGAAAACAAUGCUCAAGUUAAUGGUAUAUUAGUUGGUUGUAUGUAAAGAGACAUAUAUAUAAGUUUGUGUUUUUUUUUUCUACAUAAAAAAACGUGUUUCUUUCAUAUAAGAUGAUUCCUUUUUUUUUUAAUCCAUGGGAACCCUCUGAAAAUUUAUUGAA